AUUGGCCGUCCUUCAAGCAUGGUAUGGGCUAGUGGUAGGUCGACGGAUUUCAUAUGCGCUGCUGGUCGAGUCUCCAAUGACGCAUUCAACUUCCAUCAUCCGUCUUGAUGUCAUAUCGGACCUCAGCAUCAACAACACAAAAAGAUGAUAACCAGGCUCUAUGGCUGCUGAAUUGUUCACUUCUUCCCAUCUACAAAUUCGACCUCUUGAAAUCGAACUCCUCAAACAUUGAUCCCUUCUCACAUCGUCAAAAUGCCCGAAGCUCCUCCUACAGCAUAUCCGUCCACCUCACUCAAAGCUCAAAAUCAAGAAGGAACCAAGGGACUCGAUGCCAAACUCGAGCCAGGCGCCAACUGGACUCAGCUCGAAUUCUGGGACGAUGAAGGCAAGUCUCCAUAUCUAAAGGACUAUGAAGGUCGCAGCCUGCUCAAGGACAAGGCCGUCCUCAUCACUGGUGGUGACUCGGGCAUUGGCCGAUCCGUCGCUGUCCUCAUGGCUCGCGAAGGCGCCGACGUGACAAUAGUGUAUCUCCCCGAGGAAGAAGAGGACGCGCAAUGGACAGCAAAGGCAAUCAAAAAUUCUGGCCGCCAAGUGCAACUGCUCAGCCUGGACAUCACCGACGAGAACAACUGCAAAAAGGCGAUCGAGUCGCACAUGCAGAAAUUCGGUAAACUGUCGGUUCUUGUCAACAAUGCUGCGAUGCAGGAGAUAUGCGAGGACUUUGCGGAGAUUGAUCUGAAAGUCGUCGAGAAGACUUACCGGACUAAUAUCUUGAGUAUGUUCGCCAUGACCAAGUUUGCGCUACCGCACAUGAAGCGUGGAAGUGUCAUUGUCAAUUCGUGCAGUGUUGCAGCGUACAUGGGAAACCCGAAGUUGGUGGAUUACAGUUCGACAAAGGGUGCUAUCUCGACUUUCACGAGGAGUUUGGCACAGCAGUUGGCACCCAAGGGAAUCCGGGUGAAUGCUGUCGCGCCGGGAAUCAUUUGGACACCUCUCCAGCCUGCGACGAAGAACAACCCAGAUGAUGCGAUGGAUUCGUUGGGUGUGGAGGAGGCGCCACUACAGAGGCCCGGUAUGCCGAUUGAGGUUGCCACAGCGUAUGUCUUCCUGGCGUCGCCUCUGGGGUCUUACUUUACCGGUGAAGUUAUCCAUGGGACAGGAGGCAUUGAGAUGCAAGGCUGAUCUUGUGCCUGGUCGAUAUUCUGAGGACACAGCGAGUCAGGAGAGGAGAGUUAGGUCUUUCGAAAGAGUUUC